UUACCACCUGAAAUUUUAAGAAAAAGAGAAUUAAAAUGGCUAGACAUGAUGGAAAAUUGGGAGAAAUGGAUGAGUAAAAGAUUUAAAAAGGUUAAAGAUAGAUGUAGAAAGGGCAUACCAUCAUCUAUAAGACCUAGAGCUUGGCAAUAUUUAUGUGGUAGUAAAUUUAUGCUAGAUCACAAUAGAGGUCGUUAUGAUCAUUAUUUAAGUUUACCAGGUGACCCUAAAUGUCUUGAUGAUAUUCAGAAAGAUUUAGAUCGACAAUUUCCUCAACAUGAAAUGUUUAAAAAUAAAGAUGGCUAUGGACAAGAAGAUUUAUUUUUUGUAUUAAAAGCCUACAGUAUACAUAGACCAGAAGAAGGAUAUUGUCAAGCUCAGGCUCCAUUGGCAGCUUUAUUAUUAAUGCACAUGCCUGCUGAACAGGCAUUCUGGUGUCUUGUAUCAUUAUGUGAUAAAUAUCUCCCUGGCUACUAUAGUCCAGGAUUGGAGGCUGUUCAGUUAGAUGGUGAAGUUUUAUAUGGUUUAAUCAAACGAACCUACCCACCUAUUUACAAAUUACUGAAAAAGCAGCGUGUUGAACCUAUUAUGUAUAUGACUGAAUGGUUUAUGUGUGUUUAUACCAGAUCCUUACCAUGGAGCUCUGUGUUAAGAAUAUGGGAUGUAUUUUUCUGUGAAGGAGUAAAAAUUUUAUUUCGUGUGGCAUUAGUUUUAUUUAAAGUUGCACUUGGUUCAUCAGAGAAAAUAGCUGAAUGUCCAAGUUUUUAUGAAACAAUGGAAAAAUUACGAAACAUUCCAGCAUCAGAACUUGAAGAAGAUGUUAUUAUGAGAGAGUUAACAAAGUUGAGUAUUACAGAAAGAGAAAUGGAGAGAGAACAUCAAAAACAACUGGCAAAA